UGACAUAGCUAUCGCGAGGAAGAAUGGAAGAGAAGGCUGAGCAGCCAACAACGCAUACCCCUAAUUCGGGUGCAGAUGUGGCACUCUCUGCCCUCCAGAAGGUUGACUUCAGUAGCGCAUCUCAUCCCAUUCAUUGGAGUCCGUUAAAGAAAUGGCCUAUCAUCAUCGUCUACUGCAUGCUUCAGACGUUCAUAACCCUCUCAACAACCACCUACGUCAGCGCCGAGUUUCUUGUCCAGGAGAAGUAUGGCGGAUCUACUCAAGCUGUGGCUCUCGGCCAGAGCAUGUUCAUCGUCGGCACAGCUGUCGGACCGGCAUUUUUAGGUCCUCUGUCUGAUAUCGGAGGACGAAAAUGGAUCUAUGUUGUUUCCAUUGGCGUCUAUGCGAUCCUGAACAUUGGCACAGCAUUGGCGCGCAAUUUACCGAUGCUCAUCAUCUUCCAGUUUCUUUGCGGAGCUGCUGGAAGCACGGCUCUCUCCAAUGUAGCUGGCACUAUUGCUGAUCUCUUUGGUGAUAUGGAUGGAGCUGGUCAGCCGAUGGCGCUAUUCGUGAUGUCGGCGAAUUACGGUCCAAGCAUAGGUUCACCCAUUGGAGAACUGAUUGUUGAGAACGAGCGCCUGGGACUGCCGUGGAUAUUUUGGAUCAAUGUCAUCAUUGCUGGUGCUUUUGCCAUCGUAAUGUGCUUUAUCCCAGAAACGCUACCGCGGGUAGUCAUUACCAACGCGGCCAAGGCGCACAACCCAUCGGAUCCAACCGAAAUAGUUGUGAUGGAAGAGCACAUCGACGUCCUUCGAGAGAUGCGAUUUGUAACUUCGAUGGCUUUUCGCAUUAUGCUGACCGAACCCAUCGUCACUUUCUUGGGUGUCUAUAAUGGGUUUGCUUAUGGGAUGCUCUACUUAUAUCUGGAUGGAGUGUUUGAUGUUUUCGUGGUUAAUAACGGGCUAUCGUAUAUGUCGGCAGACUUGACAUAUCUGAAUUUUGUCGUUAGCGUGACUAUCAUGUUCGCGUUUGUACCGGUUCAAACGUGGUUCUACAAACGUGACCGUUUGAGAAACGGCGGUGUUGGUCGUCCAGAGGCGAGAUUCUUGACGUCGCUGCUAUUCGUCUGGUGUUUCCCGAUAUCUCUACUGUGGUUCGCUUUUACGUGUGACGGAAGCGUGUCGUUUUGGUCACCCGUAAUAGCAGGUGGUCUGUUAGGAUUUUGCGAUCCGCUCCUGUGGCUCAGUAUGCUGAACUACAUUGCUGAUUCAUAUACCAAUGUCGCCGCCUCGGCAAUAGCUGCUUUUUUGAUACCAUCUUUUCUGAUUGCGGCAGCUUGUUGCCAUAUAGGUAUCGUGAUGUUUCAUAACAUGGGUGCUAAGUGGGCGAUGGCGACGUUAGGUUUCAUCUCAUUCGGCCUAGUAGCAUUAGUCUACGUCCUAUACUUCUUCGGCGCGAGAAUUCGAGGUUGGUCAAAGUUGGCUAGGAAGCACUAA